AUGGUCUCUGAUGGCGUGCCUCUGCAUUUGACAUCAGGGAGAAAAAGGAAACACAAGGUAGAGGAUAAUUCCAAUUGUGUUCGAGAGGAUUUAGAUCAAAUGGACCAAAGUGUUGAAUCUGUGGAUCGUAUCUCGCAGUUGCCUGAUCAUGUCAUCCAUCACAUUCUCUCACACCUUCGAAAUGUGAAGGAUGCAAUUCGAACCAGUACUUUGUCCAAGAGAUGGAGAGCAUUGUGGUAUUCUUUUUCUAUUUUAAUUUUUGAUGAACGAAGGUUUGCUGCUGGAAAUGAACAUGAAGAUGCAAGUAAAAAGGAGGUGACGUUUAGAGAUUAUGUAUCUAACUAUCUACAUGGCCACCUUGCAAAAAAAUUGUACAUACAGAAAUUGAUGGUGCACAUGACCUCCUUUGACUUAGAAGAUACCCCAUUUGUGAACCAUUGGCUAAGUGUUGCCAUUGCAAGAAACGUCCAAGAACUAGAUCUCCACGUUGGCAUCAAGAAUAAUAGGCGCUAUACUCUACCAAAAAUUAUCUUUUCAUGCAAAACACUGACUGGGAUAAGGUUAAGUGGUUGCAAACUGGAAACAUGCGAUAAUAUAAUGCUUCCCCGUCUGCAGAAGCUUUAUCUGCGCAAACUUUCCUUGGUUGAUCAUAUGAUUCAAAAUAUGAUUUCCGGCUGUCAUUCAAUUGAAGAUUUAAGAGUCAUAAAAUGCUCAGGUUUGAAACAUCUGAAUGUUUCAAAUCUCAUUCAACUCAGUAGAGUUGAGGUCCACAACUGCAAUCAACUGAAGAAAGUUGAAAUCAGUGAUCCCAAUCUUCAUACAUUUUGGUUUUGUGGCAAGAAUACAACUUCCUGUAAAGUUAGUUUGGAGGGGUGUACAUCUCUGAAGAGGUUGACACUAGAGCAUACCCAAGUUAUUCGUGACUUUUGUGAAAAUCAGAUCUCCAAUUUUCCCUUACUUGAAAAAUUGGAUCUAAGUAUAUCCGGAAAGAUGAAACAUGUUAUGAUUUCAAAUACUCAUCUUCAGAAAUUUGCUUUGAAAGGAUGCAAGAAAUUGGGUCUUGCUCUACUAGAAACUCCUAAUCUUGUCUCUUUUGAGUGCAAGGGUGAGAGCAUGCCCUGGACUGAAAUUCACCCUUUCCGCCUCAACGUUGCCAAACUUUCUUUCAUAUCUAAAUCUGAACGUAAAAUAGUUGGAAAUGGUGACAAAAUUUGGUUUCUCAUGAAAGCAUUUAUUAAAAAGUUCGACAGUGAAGAAUUUAGAUUGGUUCUCUACUCAAAUAAGAAUAUUGUUGUCCAUGAAAAUUUGAACAAUUUCACACUUCCUCCGGCGCCCGACCUCAGUUGUGAAAUUAUCAAAUCAUCAGCCCGAAUCGAUGAUACUUUGUACAGUUUGUUGCGGACAUUGCACCCAGUAACUCUAUCUAUAAUUUCUCCAUUUGACAGCAAAUUCCCUAAGUUAGUGUGUGAAACGAUAAAGAACGAAGAUGAGGAUCCUAUCUGUUGUAAAUUUAAUGCUUUGAACAAUAAAUGUUGGCGGCAUUUCAUGAAGGAUGUCAAGUUUGAGGACCUUAAUGAUAUGACGUUUGAAGACAUCGAAGCCUAUGAAGACAAAAGGACUUCAAAUUGGUAUAAUUGGUUGAAGUCCUCGUAUGCCAAAUCGCAGUGUCAGAUUACUAAUCUUAGAUUAUACUGGAAUUCUCACCAACAAGAUAGGAAGACAGAACAAUUAUUCACAGAAAAUAUUAUUGUUGUUUCUUCUGUCACUGGUAUAAGCUCCCUUUCCGAGUUAAUUGGCCUUAUGGAUGGAACAAAUAAGAAGACAAGCGUGACAGUGGGACCAUGGGGUGGCGAAGGUGGGACUAUCUGGGAUGAUGGAACAUUCACAGGGGUGAGAGAAAUAAAACUUGUUUAUGAUCAUUGUAUAGACUCAAUCCAUGUUGUUUAUGAUAGGAGUGGUAAGCCUUUCAGAGCUGAAAAACAUGGAGGAGUUGGAGGUACCAAAACAGCUGAGAUAAAGCUGCAAUACCCAGAUGAGAUGUUGAUCAGUGUGAGUGGGCACUAUAGUCCAGUUACUCGUGGUGGCACCCCCGUGAUUCGGUCAUUGACAUUGAAGAGCAACCGCAGAAGCUUUGGACCGUACGGAGUUGAAGAAGGGACCCCAUUCACUUUUUCAAUAGAAGGAGGCUGUGUGGUGGGCUUUAAGGGACGAAGUGAUUGGUAUUUGGAUGCUAUUGCUUUCACUGUGUGUAGUGCACGACCAAAGUCGCUGCUUCAGAAGAUGCAGAGAGGCUUCCAAAGGCUUGCAAGCACUCCUGCAAAAUCUUCAUUCUCCUAUGAUGCCUAGAAGACCAUAUGAAAUUGUGACUUUUCUAUGUAUCAUGUGCUCAAGAGUGUAGAUUUCUCUUUGGUUUUUCUUCACUAGCUUUUUCAAGUAAAUGCUUAGUUUGAGAGUGUGAACUAUAAUUGAAAUGAGGAUAAUG